GAGAAGCUGAAGGACAUGGUGACCUUUGUCUCAGGCUGCAGCUUCUCUCUGGAAGAGGCCUUGGAGAAGGCCGAGCUCUCUAGAAGAGACCCAGCAGGUCACAGCCACACGGCAGCAUAUCGGACCGCGGUGCCUCGUGCCACCGUUGCUGGUUUCUGCUGCCCCCUGGUGGUCACAGUGAGACCCAUUUCUAAGGACAAACCGGAAAGGCCGCUGCAGGUCUCUUGUUCCACGGCGGGUGAGCAAGGACAGCGCAUCCACAUCGGCCACCCAGAACUGUUGAGAAUCAAAGAGCUUCCCAAACCUGACUAUGGGGACCAUGUGGUGUGGCAGCCAGGGGACGCCCCAGUAUUCUGGCCUUCUCAGCUGACCAGUCUUGAAGCCGUCAGCAGCUGCAAUGCUCCGCUGGCUUUCACCAGCAUGCCGGGUUGCACAGUAACCCAUCUGAAAGAUGCAAAGACUGCAGCCCAGUGUCUCACCCCUGAGAAAGUUCCAGAAAUCCAUCUCAUUCCCCAAGACCCUUUGCACUACAGCAUCGCGUCAGCUUCAGCUGAUUCAGAGAAGAUCAGAGAACUAGAGUUGACAGUUGCCAUAGACCCAGGUAAGAAACGAAGCAUUUACACCUCAUGACCUGAAGAAAUGUAUCAUUCUUAUAAUUCGCUGUCCCUUGGCCACUCCGUGCUGAUCACCAUCGGAUUGCCCACGCAUUUCAAUCACGAGCCCCCGGAAGAGAUGGAUGGUCCUCCGGGAGGCAUUGCCCUGACCACCUUCCUGCAGGCCCUGGGGAAGGAGGGCUCCAUGGUGGUUGACCAGAAAGCCUUGACCUUGCACAGGAAGCUUGUCGAGGAUGCUGUCGAGCAAGGUGUUCUGAAGACCCAGAUCCCACUAUUGACUUACCAAGGAAGGUCAGUGGAAGAUGCUCAGGCCUUUCUAUGCAAAGAUGGGGACACCAAGUCACCCAGAUUUGCCCACCUGCUGGCCAUUGAGCAUGCUGGAUGGGCUGCCAACGGCAAUUACCACAACACCAGGAAGAUGACAUUGAAGCACUUAGUGGACCCCACUGACGAUCCGUUCCCAGCACAGAAGAUUCCUGGAAUCUCAUUGAUGGGAAUUGGUGAUGGAGGCAACGAGCUUAGGAUGGGCAAAGUGAAGGAGGCCGUGAAGAAACACAUAGGAAAUGGGGAUGUCAUUGCCUGUGAUGUGGAGGCUGCCUAUUCCGUUUCUGUUGUCGUCCUAGGUGUUUCUAACUGGGGUGGCUGGGCCUUGGCCUGUGCACUCUUCAUCCUGAACUCCUGUGAGGCCCACAGGCAUUAUCUGAGGAAGGCAGUGGGACCGUCAGAGCCCCCAGAGCAGGGCUGGACUCAGGCCCUGCCAUCUGUCGCCAAGCAGGAAAAAACGUUGGGCAUCCUAGUACAGCACAAGGUCCGAAGUGGAGUCUCAGGCAUCAUGGGCAUGGAGGUGGAUGGGCUGCCCUUCCCUGGAGUCCAUGCCGAGAUGAUCCAGAAGCUAGCGGACAUCACCGAGGGGCACAUGUGACUGACCGUGUUAAGAAUGUGCAAGGUUCCUGCGUGACAGUCAGGCCUAUACAGAGGCAGGAGCUCCCCAAGAGCCUCAGCUUCUUAUCACAGCAGCCUUGCAAACCAACACUGGCCCUGGGGGAGCAGUAUACUCACUCCCUGUGCUCUUACCGGGAGGAAACAGCCACAUAGGGCUGAUGGUGCGGCCCAGAGACUCUUCUAUGGGGCUUGGAAUUUGUGCUGUGUGUUUGAUGCUGUAGGGGCAUUCAGCCCCCUUCAUGGGGGCUCAUUCAGGCAGCCGCUGUGUUCAUCCUGAGGGCCUUCUUGCCUGUCACUUACACAGACAGCAAUUAAUCAGUAGGCAGAGCAUGAGAAUAGGUCUCACCAAGGCCAGGAAUAAUCCUUUAGGCCAAGAAAGGGUAAAAUGCACAGACAUGGAGUGUGUACUUACAAAAUAUUUGGCCUUUGUGGAAGGUUUACUCAGCAUCACCAAAACAUUUAUAGCUUUGAAAGGCCUUCUUUCUCAAUCUGCCUUUUGUUUACUCAGGCAAAUGAUCUCUCCAGAAGUUGCCUCCCUUCUUGUCUUCAUGUCCCAUCAACCCCUCCUUCCACCUCCUCCUCACCCACUCAGCAGAAGCCCAAGCACAAGCACAAGCUGGACACUUGCACCUCCCAGCCUUGGUGGGCACCUGCAGCCCUGGAGUCCAACGUGGGAUCAAACUGACCAGAGCUUCAGGGGAUACGCAGUCGUCCUAGUCAGCAUGUCCUGGUCUCUUUCAUAAACUCCCACUGCACGUUUUCCAACAGAAUCAGAAGCUGAAGCAUUGACUAUGCCCUAUUCCACUCCUAGAUCUUGCACCAGGACAGCAUCUUGUGUGGUAGGUACCCUGCUGAGCGACAGCUGAUUCAUCCGGAUGGGCCAGACCCAGCUCAGGCUCUACUGUUUGUCAGGCUUACUUUAUUUCAAUUCCUAAAAUGUGUCUAGUUUGUUUUUUGGUUCUUUUUCAUCACUGGGCAAUGAACCUAGAGUCUCAAGCAUGUUGGACAAUCCCUCUACCACAGCGCUGCACUCCUAACCAUUUUUAUUUUAUUUUGAAACACAGCCUUGCUAAAUUACUACAGCCGAACUUUACAUUGCAAUCCUCCUGCCUCCUGAGUAGCUGGGAUUACAGGCAUGAGAUGCCAUGCUUAGUUUAGUUUGAUUUUUUUUUAAAAAAGGAGUUUGAAGAAUGAACAUAGUAUAAAAAUAAACUGUAACAUUUUAUACUCUAAUAAAACAUAAGUAUAGUAAA